AUGUCAUCAUCACCAAUUUCUCUCGUAAAAACAACAACACAACAUGUUAUUGAAAAUGCUACUCAUGUAUCAUUAAAUAGGAAGGCUUUAAUUAAAACAUGUUCAGUUAUUGCGGAAACUAUUAAACAAAAAUGUAAAACAUCCAAUUCAACAUCAUUAAUUGAAUCAUUAUUUAUUGAAUGGGACAAUGAUACACUUCAUUAUAGAAAUUUAAAUGAACCUGAAUUAACUUGUCAAUAUAUACUUGUACUUUCAAGUAUUAAUUUUUGUUUUUGGCCAUUAAAUGAUUCUGUUAAAGAUGAAAAGGAUGAAUUUGAAUAUGGUCAUUUAGCAUCUGGUCUUAGAAGUGUUUUACAAAAUAAUCCAAAUGCAUUUUCAUCAGAAGAAUUAAAACAAUUAACAAGUGAAAAAUUAACAGAAUGGUUUAAUGGUGCCAAAGUUCCAUUAUUAAGUGAACGUGUUAGAUUAAUUAGAGAAGUUGGUUUUGCACUUGAAGAACAUUUUGAUGGAAAAGCUUUUAAUUUAAUUAAAUCAGCAAAUAAGAGUGUUAACAAAUUAGUUUCACUUGUUACUCAACAUUUUCCUGGAUUUAGAGAUCAUUGUAUUUAUUCUAAAACAGGUCAUCAAAUUCAUUUCUAUAAGAGAGCUCAAAUUUUCUGUGCUGAUAUUUAUGGUUGUUUUAAAGGCCAAGGAAUUGGUCAAUUUGAUGAUAUUAAUGAUUUAACAAUGUUUGCUGAUUAUAGAGUUCCACAAUUAUUGAAUAUAUUGGUUUAUUCUGAUGAAUUGAAAGAAAAAAUUUCAAAUUUAACAGUUUUAGAAUAUAGUUCACAAAUGGAAGUUGAAAUUAGAGCUUUUACAAUUCAAGCUGUUGAAGAAAUGAGAAAAGUACUUUUAGAAGAACAUUCUAUUAAAUGUUUAAGUAUUGAGAUUGAUUGGAUGUUAUGGCAAAUUGGUGAAGCUAAUAGAAAGACAAUUAGACCUCAUCAUAGAACUCUUUCAGUUUAUUAUUAA